AUGUGGGCUUGGCUUCUGCGCCAUUCAAUACUAAGAACUCUUUUUAGUGUUCUUGGUCAUCCUUAUGGUCUUUUCGAAGUUUCGUCUGGAAAAGCAAUUCCUGUCUGUGCUGCUCAACUUGUCCAAGAAGAAGGUGUGGGGGAUAUUGAGCUGCGGGACGUUAAUGGUAGCGCUGAUAGCGAAUCGACGGUGUUGGAGGAAUGUAAUCAAGAAGGACAAGAUCUGAACCCUGCACAAGCUCUUCAAAAGCUCAGUCAAGAAGAUGUUCUUUCUCUCAAGGACCAAGGGAUCUCAGCUGGGGAAUUAGUCUCCAAAUUAGUAGAAGGUAGCAAAUCGUUUAGUGCACGUACAGAAUAUUCCAAAAGCAAGUAUAUUCGAAGGAAAACAAAAAAACAUUCUGACAGGUGCUCUUUUUAUUUUCCAGGAGUUCAAACAAUAACAAAUUCUAAUAUUCUCGUAGUUCUGAUUCUCAAACCUACGAUUCGACUACUUUGUAGAUCUUAUUAUAUGAAAGACUGCGGACGAGUUUCUAACUUGAGAGUCGAUCAGUUGGGAAUGAUUAUUCAGCUAGCAGACGUUCACCAUGGCAAAAAUUGUGUUGUAUUCGAUCAGGUGCUAGGCCUGAUUUCCGCUGCGGUUGUUGAUCGACUUGCCGGCCAAGGUUCAUGCAUUCAUCUUCAUCGAGGUCUCAUAGCACAAUCCAUUCCAUGCGUUCAUAGUAUGAACUUCAGUGAGGAGGUAUUCUCUACAUUUUUACCGGUCCGCAUAGCUUCAUUACUUGGAACAGCAAAACAGACUGAUGAUAUCAAAGAAAAUCCUAUAGAGGAUGAACCAAUGGAUGAGGAGGAGGGCGCUGGAGAUGUAUCUUAUUAUAGUAAAGCAUGCAAGCCAGAAGGCACCUCUUUAGCUCGAAAAGCUGAUCGAUUAGCCAGAGAAAAGCGGGGACUGGCUUUGCUUGAAGAAGGGGUUGACGCAUUAAUAAUUGCUACGAGAACAGUGGACCCUGUUUCAGUUUUGGAAGCGGUUUUCCCAAAGCUGCGACCCUCUGGAUCAGUUGUCAUAUAUGGUCCUCAUAUGGAGGUGAUAAAUCCUCUUUCAUCAUAUCCAGAGUCUCGUUCUCAACAUUUUAAC